AUGGAUCCGCAGAGCGUGGCCUUUGUUCCUCACAACGACUCGUGGCGCUUGUGCAACGACUUGCUGCGUCUGCAGCAGGUCCAGCAAGACCACACCGACCGCCUACUACGUCUUGAACGCCGCCACGAAGACGACGCCAGGAUGAAGUCGGUUUGGGGCGCCACCUCUCCUUUCCCCAGCGUCCUGAGUAGCACUCCUCAGCAGGCUCCCGUCCACCACCUCAAGGACUUCGACGAUGAGCCCGUCAACCUGAUUGGCAGCCUCCACCUUGAUCCUGACGACGAGCCCCGCCGUAUGGGUGCAACCUCUCGCGCCAACAGCGUCCGCUUUGACGAAUCUGCCAACCAGGGCCAUUGGGCUCAUGCCUCGCGAUCCUCGAUCGACUUCCUUCCACGCAGUACGAGCAGCUUGGCCGGUCUCGGUAUGACCGAGCGCACUUCGUCUCACAAGUCUGAUGGCCGUGCCAGCUCGGUUCAUUCUGUGAGAUCUGCCGCUUCAGGCCGUGCCAGCAGCAUCAAUCUAGACGCUGGCUAUGCUUCUCCCGUCGACACUCCAGCAAUCGCUCCUGGCCUGUUGAUCUUGGGGCCCGUCCCGGCCAUUGUGCGUUGCUGGGCAAACACGAAUUUCAAGCACGACUCCCUUCUGUAUGCUGCUGUGUCUACCGCAUCUUACAAAUCUCAGGUAGAUGAGCGUCUGGUCCAACAUCUAGGACUGGAGCACUGCAUAGUGGAAAGCGCUUCUGGUGGAAGGUCGCUCGCUUUGUCCGUCUACUUUGCAGAAGCUGUCCCACACCCCGUCUCAACAAGAUCGAGUAGUCCAGCACCACAGGUUCCGUCAGUCACAGUCGAGUUUAGCAUUGUCGCCUCGACGCAACCAGGGCUUGACUCUAAGGCUAUUCAGAUCGUUAUCGGCAGUGAUGUGCUUCGGUCACAUAACGCUGACAUUCUGUUUUCAUCCAACAGCAUGACCAUAUUUGACGACGAUCAGUGCAAAUUGUCUAUUCCCCUUGUUCGACCUGAGAAUGAGGCAACUUUUAACUCGUUGUUCAUCUCGUCUUUACAACCAACAGAGCUCCACCAACAUAUGAUGCCAGAAGAACCGGCCCAGCUCAAUGGACUGGGUCAAACGGAACCGAACACUCCGUCUAACGAGUUGAUUUUCGAGGAUGGACUUUCACAACCAGUCGCUGACACUCUCCAAGAAGCAACCGAAAACUCAACGGUUGAGGAGGACUUCAAACCCAGCGGGCCACAGUCAUCUGCUUCAAAGGGUGUCCGGUCUGAAAACAAGGAUUCCACUUCGUCGACGCAAGGCCCGACUUCUGCACCACCGACCUCAUCGCCAUCUAUAUGGAGUAAUUGGCGUCGUGAGACAUCGAGUCAAAGCAAUGGUUCUGAGACGGCGGGUGCUACAUCCAAGACCAAAGACAUGGGCUAUCAACGGCGAGAUGCUGGCAUCAAAGUGCUGAGACCAACAAGAAGUAGCGGACGGACGUUUUCCAGUGGGUCGGUAGCAUCGUCGCCCGCUGGAGAGGGAAGAUCGCGUUAUUUUGACGAUGGGAAGAAGAGAGGGCUGGACACUGUCGCGGGUGAGGAAAAAGGUACGAGAAUAACGGGAGAUGUGCCAGUCGAGGCAGUGACGAAGCUGCCCUCCAGCGGCGGCUCCCCCAGCGUCAAGACGGCGUCCUCAAAGAAGCAGAAAGUCGUCCACCCUGCCGCAGACGAUCCGAGACACGCAUACCAUCACUCGGUCCAUGACCCUGGCCGCCAGCCGUCGUCGCCGCAGUCCUCGUCUUCGCCCUCCAGCAACCAAGCUGCAAACACUCCUUCGUCGCCGCCGCGCUACAUCCCUCCCCACCUGCACGCCGACUCACGAGCCAGCUCUCCCAGCGACGCCUACGCUCAGCUGAACCUGGCCGAAGACAUGACCCACUCCACCGGCCAAGAGGACGCUGAUGCUCCCAAUCCCACCCAACGCCCUGCCUCGCCCGCCAAGCGAUCUGCUGCUAUCAUGGAAGGCUUUGACCCUGCCCAAGACUCCCUCACCUCAAUCCCACCCACAGAUGCCCCUCCGGCAUACCACGCCGACCAACAGCCUGCUGAUUCACCGUCCACACCGAGCAUCCAAGAGCAGGUCACACACAUCCAGUCUCUACUCAACACACCCAUAGAAGACGGUUCAAAGGGCUUCGUCGUGGCAUCUAGAUGGUUCAAUCGCGUCGUGGCUAGAACAGAAGGUGCUAACCAGAAGGACUUUGAUGUCGAUUUGUUGCAGGGGGAGAUUGGCAAGGUUGACAACUCAUCUGUCAUUGCUCCAGGUGCAUUUGACGACCCGCUCGCCUUUCCCGGAAACCCCGAUCAGCCCUUCAUCCCUCUGCGCGCCGACGUAGAAAGGCCCCUUGACUACGAGAUAUUCACCGAAGAAGCAUGGCGUCUGAUCGUCGCGUGGUAUGGCACAGUCGACGGUCAGAAGUCCAUUGUUCGUUUUGCACACAACUCGGCACCUCUAGGUGCACCAUCCGCUCAUAUCAUCUACGAACUGAGCCCGCCUGUCUUGACUGUACGCAAAGUAACAAGUGCCCCUCAACCCACUCAAGUCGAUGCAGCUGCUGUCAAGCUGGUCGCUUCACGUACUGAGCGCUUCCAAAGCUUCCUCGCUCGCGCAAAGGAAGCUGCCGGUAUUCCCUUGCAGCACAAGGUCAGGAUUUUCAGACAGCUAGACCCUACAAAGGUUUCUGGUGACAUGCCUGCGAUCGCUCCACCGGGUAUUCCGAGCCCUCCGACUUCACGAAACCCUUCUCCAUCACCUCCUGCGUCUUCGAAACUUGUCGUUGAGAGCUCUACUUUUGCCAAGUGGACCGAAGGAACAAACUUCGAACCGGUCGAUGGUCAAGAUCACACUGCGAACGAGAAGUACAACGGUAAAGUGGACCUCGGUACACUUGGCUUGAUUUCAAAUCAGACUUUGAUUCUCGAGGAACAGCAGCGUGGAGCAGGCUUUGUCUCAGACGUGGCUAAGAAGCAGAAGAAGAGCACGGAAACCACGAGCAAACAGACCAGCCCUGCUCCCACAGCCCCCGUCACUCGAGGACGCACUCGCAAGGAUGGCAGAACCCGUGGCACUAUUGGUCUGAUCAAUCUUGGCAAUACGUGCUACAUGAACUCAGCCCUACAAUGCAUAAGUAGAGUUGAGGAGCUGGCCGUCUACUUCCUUCAUCAGAAGCACAAGCCUGAGAUCAAUGCCGACAAUCCGCUUGGCUACAACGGUAGAAUCGCAAAUGCCUAUGCUAACUUCCUGGCUGGACUCUACAGCGACAAUGCCACUUCUGCCUAUCGACCCAACGGUUUCAAGAGCGCUCUUUCCAUGGCACAGCCUAUGUUCUCAGGUUACGGGCAACAGGACUCGCAGGAGUUCCUGAGUUUCCUGGUUGACGCUCUGCACGAAGAUCUCAACCGCAUUCACAAGAAGCCCUACAUUGAGAAUCCAGACUCCGACGAUAAGACCGUUCAUGAUCCAGAGGCCAUCAGGCAGCUCGGCGACACGUACCGGAAGAACCACCAUGCUCGCAACGAUUCUAUCGCUAUGGAUCUAUUCAACGGCUUCUACAAGAACACCAUGGUCUGUCCUGACUGUGACAAAGUCAGUGUGACCUUCGACCCAUAUUCUCUUCUUACUCUACAACUACCAAUUGAGAACACGUGGCAAGCGAAGAUCAUGUUCAUGCCCGUCACCGGAUACCCUUCUGCUUUCGAGGUGGACGUCGAGAAAAACAUUUCUGUCAGGGCGCUGAAGGAUAUCUUUGUUGGUAAAAUCGGCCGUGGGCUUACCCGUGAGAGACUCAUCUUUGCCGAAAUGUUUAGUCAUCGUUUCUACAAGAUCGGGUACGACAGCCAGACUCUGUCGGAGCUCGACUUCUCGAACACUGAUGUUCUCUGUAUGUACGAGCUCCCAGAGGUGCCGACGAAUGCAGCCUUCGUGCCAAAGAAACAGAUAGCCUACCGCUCGAUGUACCACGAUUCGUCGGAUGAUCCUUUGCCAGGAAUGGACUCGCCCCUAGCAGAGACUAUGGCGAUGCCCGUCUUCCACUCCAAGUCGGACAGGCGUUCGUCGGGCUUGGUCCUUAACCCAACUCUGAUCACCAUCACGAGAGAGGAGGCCAAGGACUAUGAUGCAAUCUUGAGAAAAGUGCUUGGUUCUAUUGCCACCAUGACCACAAAGCGUAUACCCGAGCACAGUCAGAGCAAGCAGGGUCAAAGUGCGGCCGAGGAUGUCCAGUCUGACGCUGAUGUCUCCAUGCGCGACGGUAGCCAGACACCCUCGGCGCAGCUGUCAGAUACCCUGCAGUCUGCAAGCUCCAUCUCCCAAGACCCGAGAAACAUGUUCGAGCUUAAGUAUGUUCAAGCAACUGGCGACAUGUUCAUGACAGGAACAAACAGCAUCGGCAACAGUCACCCCAUACAGAGCCGUGUCCGGACCGUUGAGCGACGUAGAGGCAGCACCACUUCAGUGACUUCAAACACAUCUGCAAGGAGUAAAGACUCUGGCUACGAUGGUCAGGGUAAGAGCUCGUCUGAAAGUGACGAGGAUGCUGACCCAAUGGUGGAUUCGUUCAAAGCCAACGAUCAGAGCACAUUCUCUGGUGAUGUACAGAGCGAUGAUGAGUUAGGCAUGGGUUCGCUCGAACAGUUGUCGGCAAAGGACAAUCGCAGACGUAAGUUUGACAAGAAAAAGCUCAAGAAGACGUAUUCGCGCAAAGGCGGUCGUCCAAACAACAAAAACCGAGCGCAUGAACCCACAGCAGAAGACAACGAGUUCUACGUCAGACUCGGCGAAGGUAUUCUGGUAGAGUGGCAGUCAGACGCCUUCGAGUCCAUGUUCGGCGGUGGCAACGGUAACGGUCAGUUUACAUUCAACGAGAAGGAGGUUCCUUUGGUAGACGAUACCGAGCUCCAGGUAAGGAGAAACAAGCGUAUGCAACGCAAGAAAAACGGCAUCACUCUCGACGACUGCUUCACCGAGACCGGCAAGACCGAAGUGCUAUCAGAAGACAAUGCAUGGUACUGCGGCAGAUGUAAGGAGCUUCGCCGUGCCAGCAAGACAUUGGAGCUGUGGACAGUGCCCGACAUUCUGGUCGUCCAUCUGAAACGUUUCAGUGGCGAGCGAUUCAGGCGCGACAAGGUAGACGUCCUAGUUGACUUCCCCAUCGAAGGACUCGACUUGACCAAGAGAGUUGGGUGCAAGGAAGAAGGCAAGGAGUACGUUUACGACUUGUUUGCUGUCGACAAUCAUUAUGGCGGUCUUGGUGGAGGCCAUUACACAGCCUAUGCCAAGAACUUCUAUGAUGGUAAUUGGUACGAUUACAAUGAUUCUUCCGUCGGUCGACAGAACGCAGAAGGAGUUGUGUCUACAGCUGCGUACUUGCUCUUCUACCGCCGCCGCUCAGCCACGCCGCUAGGCCCUGCAUACCUUCAAGAGUUGGUUCUCAAGGCACGCAACCCUGAUGAAGCCUCCGAGGCAGAGGACGAGUCGGGGGAAGGCGAGCGUCUCGGCGACCACUCCUCAGCUACCUCUCGCCUGCUUGGGUCGUCGAACGCUGGAGCAGUCGAAGCAGGAGCCAGAAUCACCGGGACGCUUCAUCGGGGAGCCAACGCAGGUGGCCCUGGCAGAGGAGUGAGCCAGGCAGCGAGGUUGAUGAAUGAGGUCGAUGACGACGAGGGCAUCUCUUUGAACGAUGAGCUCUAUGGCAACAAUAGCAACAGCAUUACUGCCGUUGCGCUGGCCAACCAAGAUGCCACUUGGGGGUUUGACGGCUUGGGUGAGGAGGAUGAUAACACCACUUCUGUCAACACACCUGCCGACACUUCUUCGGAUCGUCCGGACGUUGGCUCGGACAUCGAAGACCGAUUGAUGGACCUGGAUCGUGAUACUAACUUCGACGACAAUGACGAUAUGCCUUCGCUGGCGGGUGAUGAAGUGAUGACUACAGAGGGACCCGGACAAUUUGACGAACCUCUCUCAAGCGUACAUCAAGACGAAUAG